UUUUGGGGUUUUGUGGUCGGACAAACAUUUAGAAAACAAUUUACAACGGCGGCUGUGGACUAAGAGUUUUGAAACAGAAGCGGCUCUUUCAUUUUUAUUCGUCUGAUUGUGGACUAGCCUGGGAGAAAAGGUUGAUACUGUAUGUAAGGAAAAGCAUAUGCAUAAUAAGCAGUAAUGGCAAAGCAAGGAGUCAACGAGGAAAUAAGCGAUUCUGAGCUCCUGGAGGUUGACCUGGAGGCUUUCACUGCUGAGAGUCUGGAUGUGGGAAAUUCUCAAAGCAGCUCAAUGCAAGGUUGCAGUCUUGGAAGGAAUGACACUGGGAGUGAAGGAGACAUCGGAUCUGGGAAUGUUGUGUCCCUGGAUGGGUCUGUGGAGGCUAGCUGUUCUACCCAGAAACCUUUGCUCUGUGGAAGUAGUGAUUUGAUGGUUCCGCUCAAAAGGAAAAGAAAUGUGGCCAACAAAAAUCCCAUGCAGCACUUUCACCUGCGGCAUUUGAGGGUGACUGAUGUGUCCCAUCAAAGCUGGUGUGAACUGCAGGUUGUUCAUGGAUUUGAAAAACCAGAUGUGAGAAAGACCAUCAAUGAUGACCCUGUUGUGUUGGCUGGGUCCAGUGUCCAUCUGGCUAGAGAGCUAGAAGAACACGACGUGGUAUCAGUGAGUACUGAAAGCCGAGAGGACCAUUGGGCUGUCAAGUUUCUCAACGUGCUUACUGGCCUUACGAUGCUGAAGGAAAGUGGCCGGGUUCGAGAACUGCCAGUUUUUGGGCAGGUGGAGGGAAUCUUCCUGGUGGGAGUGAUUGAUGAGCUGCAUUACAGCCCCAAGGGAGAGUUGACAUUGAGUGAGCUGAAAACCCGUCUUCGGAAGUCUCUGCCAACUGCGGCCCAGAGGAGGACUCAUGACUUACAAGCAGGCAUUUACAAGCUCCUGUUUGACAGGAUGGUCCAAGGGAAGUUGGAGAGUGAAACAUUUGUGCAGAGACUUCAAUUGAGACUGGACAAGCAGUUGGCACCAGGGGUUUGUGACCAUGCCCAAGCUGUUGGCUUUCAUGUAUGCACCUUCAGUGAUGCCCUGGAAUUGCUUCUUUUAAACCUGACCCACAUGGAUACCCCUAAUAUUGAUAAUUUGAAAAUUGAGUAUGUCCACCAAAGCACAGGGGCCCCGCUUGGCAUUAAAGAGGUGCAAUUCAGUGAGCCCCGUUUAUUGGCUGAGCUACACUACUUGCUGUCUUAUUGGACUGGCCAGAGAGAACCCCAGGGUGUGGAUAUUGAAGAUUCAUGGAAAUGUGGCUGGUGUGUUUUUACUGAGCAUUGUGAAUGGAGGAAAGCAUCUGUGAAAAAUACAGAGCAAUCAGUUUGGAACAAGAGACGUAGAUGAUGUGCUUAUGAAAUGUGCAAAUGAUGUCCAGCAUCCUGAUCAUGAGAAAAGGCUGAUCACUGCGAUUGUUCCUGGGCUGAAAACCAUCCUGCAUGAAACAAUUUGUUACGUUGAAUCAAAAAGACAGAUGACGGCAAAAUUCUCUUAAGCAUAACGACUUUACUGCUUAACAAGAUUCAAAUACGACGCAAGAAUUAACUGAUAAUUUUUCCUUUGUUAUUGAUAAUUCCUCUGUCUCGCCUUCCCCACAGGUUAAGAGUCUGGGUGUCAUCCUUAACAGUACUUCUUCUCAGUCCCACAUCAAUAACAUCUCCCGGUCUGCAUAUUUCCACUUGCGUAACAUUAAUUGUAUUCACCCCUCCCUCACUCCCCAUACCACUGCUAUCCUUGUUCAUAGCCUUGUCACUUCUUGUGUCGCUUAUUGCAAUUCCCUUUUCUUUGGUCUUUCUCGCAAAUCUCUCUAUAAGCAUCAACUGGUCCAGAAUUACUAGAACCUCCUCUAUUCACCAUAUCACUCCCAUUUUGCAGCAGCUUCACUGGCUUCCAGUUAAAUUCCACAUUCAAUUAAAAAUUCUUCUGUUAACUUUUAAAGCUAUCCACAACCUUGCCCCUCCAUAUCUGUCUGACCUCCUCCAUGUUGCCAUUCCCUCCCAUACCCUUAGAUCCUCUUCCUCCAUCCACUUGACUGUCCCCUUCGUCCGUCUUACCACUACAGGGAGCACAGCAUUCAAUUGUUCUGCUCCCCAGCUCUGGAACUCAUUACCAUCUAAGCUUAGAAAUAUUGAAUCAUUUUCACUUUUCAAAUCUAAACUUAAAACUCAUUUGUUUAAGACUGCUUUUUCUCUUUGACUACAAUUG